UUUUCACUUAUCAAUCAUGGUUGCCUAAUAAAUCUUGAGUUUCGUUCUCCUGCAAAGCCUUUCACCCGACAGACUGAGAUAAUUUGAUACUUGGCGGCUUGGCGCUGGAAGGAGAGCAAGAGAGAUGGAGAGGGUGAAAAAAAAAUUGGGUAAAUAUGAACUUGGCAGAACCAUUGGAGAAGGAACUUUUGCUAAAGUUAAGUUUGCCCAGAACACGGAGACAGGUGAAAGCGUUGCAAUUAAAGUUUUAGCCAAGAGCACCAUUCUUAAGCACCAAUUGGUUGAACAGGACGAUGGUGGAGCUGCCUUGGGCGAUUGAGAAGACAAAUGUGCUGGAAAUUAAAAGAAAGGAAUGUUAUAGAACUCGUAAACACAAAAUGAGUACUUGAAAGCAAAGAUAUAUCAUUUAUAAAAUAGAAAAUUAAUCAAGCCUAUUUUAGAAUACUAAUCUUGAUGGCUAGCCUUGAUUUUCCCUGUUCAUUGAUACAAUUUCAUGAAUUAGUCUUCCGGAGUUAUAGACUGCAGAUUGUGGCAGAGCUGUCUAAGAAGUAACUUCAGCUAACUUGUAAAAAAGUGUACUUGGGAGAGGGGGGUGUUUACAAAAAACAAAAAGAGACCCUAAAUAUUGAUUGUUUUUCAACUGAUGAGAUGAUGAUAGUAAUUCCACUUCUAUUAGAACCUAGAAGUGCCACUAUUUAUUUCUGAAAAUGUUCUCAGGAAGUAGAAGCGCUUCUAUUUGAUGUUUGUUAUAACUUGUGGUUCUGAAAAAGGGGAAAAUAAAAUCUUAGUGACAUGUUGUGUGGAUAAUUUAUUUUUUUAAUAUGUCAUAGACUAUAUGUCAGAAAAAGAUGAUUAUUAGCUUUUCCUUGCUAACAUUUUUUUGAGGUGAUUUUUAGAUCAAAAGAGAGAUAUCUAUAAUGAAGAUUCUCAGGCAUCCUUGCAUUGUUAAGCUCCAUGAGGUUUUAUCUAGCCAGACAAAACUAUAUUUUGUUUUGGAAUUUGUAUCUGGAGGAGUACUAUUUGACAAGAUUGUUCAUCAAGGCAGACUUCGUGAGGAUGAGGCGCGGCGCUACUUCCAACAACUUAUUGAUGCAGUUGCACAUUGUCAUAGUAAGGGUGUAUACCACCGUGACCUUAAGCCAGAGAAUCUGCUUCUUGAUUCCAUCGGGAACCUGAAGGUCUCUGAUUUUGGAUUGAGUGCAUUACCUAUGCAAGGAGUUGAACUUCUUCAUACCACUUGUGGAACUCCAAACUAUGUUGCUCCUGAGGAGCGGAAUCUCUGCUAUUGGAGUUGAUGUUGAAGCUGGUGUGCAUGGAGGAGGAGAUGAAGAUUGUGAAUUCUCGUAGAAGUUUCUGAAAAGAGAAUUAAGAAUCACAUCUUCGUGUUCUAAGUUCGGAUCAGCUUUAUCAGAAACCACUGGUUCAGCAUGUGAUGGAUCAGCCUGUAGAUGUUCGAUUGCGAAGUCUGCCAUUUCAUAGAAUGUAACAUUUACACUCUCGAUGACAGUGCGCUUGUCUCUUAGAUAGACUCUGUAGGCUUUGGACUGCAGUGAGUAGCCGAUAAACACGCCUUCUCUGGCUUUGGAGUCCAGUUUACUUCUUUCUGUCCGAUCAUUCAGUAUGAAACACUUGCAACCAAAUAUCUUGAAAAAGGAGAUGUCGGGAGUUCUGUUGAAGAGAAUUUAAUAAGGAGUCUUGUCGAAGCGUUUAUGAAUGGAUGUUCUGUUCUGGGUGAAGCACGCAGUAUUGAUUGCCUCUGCCCACAUGAAGUGAGGCAGUCUGGAUUGAAUUAACAUUGUGUGUGCUGCUUCAACAAAAGUCUUGUUCUUUCUCUCAACAACUCCGUUCUGUUGUGGAGUUUUAGCUGCUGCAAAUUGCUGAGUGAUAACGAGAGAUUAAUAGAAAUCAGUGAGAGUUUGAUUUUUGAACUCGGUACCAUUGUCAGUUCUUACUAUUCGAACGCUGUGCUGUAGCAGUUUCUGGAUGGUUCUGAUAAAGGUCAUAAUGUUUUCUGCAGCCUCGUCCUUUGAGCGGAGAAAUUUUGUCCAUGUGUACCUAGAGAAGUCAUCCACGAUCACCAGAGUGUAUUUGCGACCGUUGAUGCUUUGGGCUCUCAUAGGUCCACACAGAUCAAUGUGAAUUAACUGCAGCUGGUGAGUAGAUGAUGGUACAGUUUUUGACUUGUGGGAGCUUCGCGUCAUUUUGCCCAUUUUGCAGGCACUACAAUGAUUCUCAGCGGAAGACUUUAACAGAGGAAGCCUCUUUACAAGUUUCUUGGAGGAAAGGAUUGAUAGAUGCUUGAAGUUCAGAUGGGAAAGACGUCUGUGCCAAAGGUUGUUGUGUUCUGUAGAAGCUUUGGACAGCAGACAGAUGGAAGUGGUGGAUUGUACGCUUUUCAGAUCAAUAAUGUACAAAUUUGAAGUUCUGUAACACGUUAAUAAUGUAUUCCCCAUGCUGUCUAGAACACAACAUUGUCUUGCAAAGAACCUCACUUCCAUCCCGCUGUCACAGAAUUGCCCUAUGCUCAGUAAAUUGUGUUUGAGCCCUUUGACAAAAGAAACAUCUUUGAUAGUGACACUGGCACAGAUGACGUCCCCAUAUCCAAGAAUAGGAGAAGAGGCGUCAUUUCCAAAUCUGACAUUCCCUCCGUAACAAUUGGUGUAGUUGCUCAACAGAUGUUUUAUUCCGGUCAUGUGGG